AUGUCGGAGAGUAUUUGGGUAGAAGAUAUUGCUGGGUGUGAUGUUGCUGCAUUGGAUGACAUUGUGACAGUGGUGUAUAUUGCGGAGCAGGAUGAUACUGUAGUGGGGGUUGACCCUGCGGCGGAAACUGGUAGUGUGGCAACGACGGAUGCUGCUGUAUGGCCUGAUAUUGCGGUAGGACCUGAUAAUGCACAGGAGGACCAUACCGCAUAUGAGACUGGUAUGGCAGAGGAGGAGGCUGGAACUGCAAAAGCGGCUGAUACGGCGGAGAACACCGGGAUUGCUGAGAUGUUCGGUACUGCUGAGGCAGCUGAUAUUGCGGAGACAGGUGUUAUUGCGGAGACGGCUGAUGCUGCACAUAAUGUUGAUACUGCAUCGAAGGCACAUACUGCAUAG